AUGGGUCAAGCUUUAGCCGUUCGUACUUGCAAUGAGUUUGAAGGAGAAUACUUGGAGAUUUACAAGAAAAUCACUGGAAAGCUUGUGAUUCCAACAGGUUUGCUUCCUCCAGAGCAGCAUGCAAGAAGGGCAAAAGGGGAAAUUAGUUCUGAUGGGUCACCAAACAAUGUGAUCUUUGACUGGCUUGAUAAACAAAAACCCAAGUCAGUUGUGUUUGUUGGGUUUGGAUCUGAGUGUAAGCUGAGCAAAGAACAAGCCUUUGAGAUUGCUCAUGGGCUUGAGCUAUCAGAGCUUCCAUUUCUCUGGGCACUCAGAAAACCCAAUUGGGCUGACAGUGAUGCUGAUGCUCUGCCUCCUGGUUUUGUUGAGCUCACAUCAGAGAAAGGGCUUGUUUGCUUGGGAUGGGUGCCUCAGAUGGAAAUUUUGGGGCACGCAUCCGUUGGGGCUCUGUUUCACUCUGGAUGGGGCUCUGUAAUUGAAUCUCUGCAAUUUGGGCAUGUUCUUAUUGUUUUGCCAUUCAUUAUUGAUCAGCCUUUGAACGCAAGGCUUCUGGUGGAGAAGGAUCUGGCUGUUGAACUAAAACGCACGGAAGAUGGGUCGUUUUGCAAAGAUGAUAUAGCCAAAGCACUGAGACAUGCCAUGGUGGCAGAGGAAGGAGAGAAACUAAGAAGCAAUGCAAGGAAAGCUGCCAAAGUUUUUGCAGAUCACAAGCUGCACCAAGACCACUACCUUGGCCAAUUUGUCCAUUACCUUAAAAAUAAGGGAGUUUCCCUAAAACGCCCAAAAUAG